CACUGGGAUUUACAGCAUCCAGACAUCCAAUCACAAGGCGCGAUGGUCGAGCGUCCGGUUCAGCCAUGUUGUGGUUUUGAAUGAGGAAGAAGCGGGAGAUAAUAUACUUCAACGAGUUUAUAUUCAAUUUAAAGUCAAGUUGAUGAUAUAUAAAUGAGUUAGGACGUGACUCAAAAUGAUAACCGUUUUUCCGAAGGCGUUAGUUGCGACUUGUCGCAUUCCUGCUGGAAUUUAAACUUCCUUCCAUAAAUUAGCCGUUGUAGCUAGCAGCGUUAGCUAGCGAGGCAGUUAGCAUAGCGUGCUAGCUAGGCAACCAGCUAAUUCUCAGCUAGCUAGCUAACGGUUAGCUCGUUUCGUGGGAAAGUAAAAUGAUAAUUGUGAGGAGCGCUAGCCUUUAAAAUAGCCUCAGCCAACCUGCCUCAGUCGAAUGAAGCGCACUAGCUUAAUUCGGUUCGACUAUAUUGACAGGUAGACGGCUACAGCGAUUUAUCUUUAAAACCAGCGGCGAUAUUUCUAAAACUUUUUGAGCCAUGUUGAAUAAAAUCUACGAAUGGAUUGAAACGAGCUUUGCCAAUCUUCGCAACGGAGUGCCAGCUGCUGCGGAGCACUCUGAUGCACAGCCGCCACAGGGAGACGGUCCGGUGAGGAGGAAAAGACCCAUUGAAUGUUUGGAAGAUGGACAUAACAUCGACCAAGAUGGUAUGAUUAUAAAGAAAUCUCGAAUGGGAGAUCUUAUUGACACAGUCAAGGUUGCAGCUGAAGGGGUUAAGAAUCACAGCUCCAGUGUGGCUACAUGGAUGAGGAACAAUGUAAGCCCUACCUUGAGAAAUAUACUGCCUACCUCCCCUGGUCCUCCACCUGAGGAGCCACAGCCAUCAACAUCAGCAGCAGUCUGGGCUGGGAUGCCGAUUGCUGAAAGAAACUGUUUGGAUGAGACGUUUGUUGCUCCCUCAACAACUUUGGAAUGGAAAUCAUCUAAAACAGAAUGGUUGCGCAAUGAGAAGUCCACUAUGGGAGCAAAAGUCUGUAGGCGACAAGUGUGCAUGAGUCCUACACAUCGAGAAGUGCCAAAAACAAAUGGUCACUCAGUCAACUUGCCACCCACCUUUACCCCUAAAUUGCACCCCCCUCCACGGCUAGGCAGGCCCCUAAACCUCCGACAGUAUGGAGCACCAAGUUUAAGUGGAGUGGCAAGCAGCUCGUGCACCAGCAUGUAUGAGAAGACGUUUCCCAUCAAAGUGGUGCAGAGCCCAACACACAGCACCUCAUCUGGGCGCAUGCACAACACCAGGCCCCGCUGCACAGCACAGGAGUCUGUUCGUGAAGAGGAGAAGGAGGUCUAUAGGCAGCUUCUGACCAUGGUUUCUGGUGGUCAGUCCUCUUUCCUUCAAAACGGCAGCUCACACGCCAUCGUGAGGUCACACAGGGAUUUCACCAGCUUCCUGACUACCAGCCGCAGACUGCUGCAGUGCUCUUCUCCUAAUGGGUCAGCAGCAGGAGGAACUUCAGAGGGACCCAGCAGCCCCCCCAGCCCCAGGGGGGUGUCUAGCCAGAGCUCCAGCAAUAUCCCCAGCCCAGUGGGGGCCUCCAGCAGGCCAGGGAUCCAAACAUGGUCUCUGGACACAGACCUCAGCUCCAGCAGAGCAGCUACUCUCACAUCAGUUCCCUCUCCAUCCGCUCUGCAGGAUAACUCCUCUCAGGACACACAAUCAUCAGCUCAUGAUGGUGACUCUGUAAUUAUUGUAAAUGAGCGAAAGGGUAAAAAGCAAGACAGCUCAAGUGUGCCAUGUUUCCAAGCAGAGUUAUGGAUCAAAGAAUUGACUAGUAUGUAUGAUUCCCGGGCGAGAGAAAGACGGAGACAGAUUGAAGAGCAGGAGGCCCUGGCUGCCCAGCUGCUGCGACAGCGCCUGUCUGAAGAGGGGCAACGCAGCCCAGAUGUGGAGGUCCAUGUUCGAGUUCCUUUGGAGAAGGAGGUUCCUCUGCCUCUUGUAAUAGAAGAACAGAAAGCUUUGGAAGAGAAACCAGAAUUCCCAGAAAUGACGGAGGAAAUGGAGUCUGAGGUGAACAAGGCACUAAGAAGAGGUAAUCAUGAAGUUUUAAGUGAAGGUUUUGGUCUCAGUCUGACACGCAAAGACCUACAGACCCUCAGCAACCUUAACUGGCUCAAUGAUGAGGUGAUCAACUUUUACAUGAACCUGCUGGUGGAGCGCAGCAAGGACCCUAACCUGCCAUCAGCCAAUACAUUCAACACUUUCUUCUAUCCCAAGCUGCGCAGCAGCGGCUACUCUGCUGUCCGCCGCUGGACCAAAAAGACGGACAUCUUUGCAAAAGACAUCCUGCUGGUUCCUGUCCACUUGGGGGUGCACUGGUGUCUCUCUGUGGUGGAUUUCCGCAAAAAGGCGAUCAUGUACUUUGAUUCCAUGGGAGGAAACAAUGAUGAAGCAUGCAGAAUAUUGUUUGAUUACCUGCAACAAGAAAGCAAGGACAAGAAGGGCAAAGAACUGGAUACCUCAGGCUGGAGUCUGCACAGCAAAAAGCGCAACGAAAUCCCACAGCAGAUGAAUGGUAGCGACUGUGGAAUGUUCACAUGCAAAUAUGCAGAUUACAUUACCAAAGACAAGCCAAUCACAUUCACACAGAAACACAUGCCCUACUUCAGAAAAAGGAUGGUUUGGGAGAUACUAAACCACAAGCUGUUGUGAUAUCAGCAUGAGGGUUUUGAACUUGUAUAGUCUGCUCGAGUCAAAGCGAUGGCUGAGCUACAUUCAACACCAGGAUCCAUCUACAGUAUUCCUGUUCUGGGAAAGACUUGCACACCAGCUCAUCAGGUCAGGAACCAGCAUCCUCUACUUCAACCACCCCUUAGCUGAUGGGAUGUUGCUGGAGCACCAAGCACUGCCACCCACUCCUCUACUCUGUUGUUUGUUUUUGGUGCACCCAUGGAACGUCAGUACAGCAGCUGAAACACUGCGUGUUUUCUAUUUCUCAGCCUGAACUGUACUGACUUACAAACCAUACUCUGAGCUGCAAUGUUCAGUCUGAUGCAGACCUACAAAGUUUACAUGUUUUUGUCUUACAGGGAGAUGAGCGCAUAUGCCACGUAAUUUUUAUAACGACAGUAAUGCUGCGUUUUGGUGUCAAUGUUUGAUACUCAGUCUGUUCAGAGGAAAAUUGACUUUACCUCGAAAGCUGAAAUUUCUAGUCUUAAACAUCUGUCUCUUUGUAUUCAGGCAUGAGGCUUUUUUUUUGUUUUGUUUUUUAUUUCAAUAAUAUCAACAUUUCACCUAAAACAACUAUUUUUGUAAUUUGUUUGAUUAAAAGGCACAAAAGUCCUUAAACACUGCCUCAGAGUAUGAUUUAUAACGAAACAGAAUGUUUCACCUUGCCACAGACAGUUUAGGUAAAACCCUAAAACAGGCGGGGUAAAAUAAACAUGUUUGUCUUGAUAAAAGAUUGUAAAGUAAGGUUCAAAGUCUAUUUUAUGUAUUUCAGAGUCUCCUACAGCAGCUUUUGGGCAUAUUCAGUAUAUUUUGAACUUUGUAUAUACUAAAAACAUAUAAGGCCUCUUGAACAGUGUAAUAUACCUUUUUCUUUACGUAUUUCUUAUCUAUUUUUAUCUAGAAACAAGUCUGUUUUAGAAAUAAAUCUCAUGUAUUGUGACUGUUCUUUGUGUAUUACCUUAAAGUCUAUUCGGUUUGAUAUAAAAGAAAAAAACUGCCACAUUUGAUAAUUUGAUAAACAUGAGAGAACCUGA